GGCUGCUGAGGUGGAGUCAGAGCCAGUUGCUUCUAUUGAGGAGGAAGACCAUGAAAAUGUUGCUGAAGUGUAUGAUCCUUCUGAUAAAGAUGAAGGCGUUGUUGUUGACGCUGAGCUAGUUAAGUCACAGUGAGAUUCCAUCAGUGCUUCAAGGAGAUGAUGCUCCUAAGUAUUCCUAUGCUUCAAUCAUUAAACUGAUGAAAAGCGAUCCAGCACCAACACAAGUUGCUCGCGAAGAGCAGCUCCUAAAUGUACAAACAAUCUUCUCUAAAAGAAGCUCAGCCAAAGAACGCCCCGAUGGAUUUGUUUGAUAGCGAUGAUGAUAUGUGUAGUGUAAGCUCCUUCUUCAGCAUGCGGUCUGAGAGACCUCGCAUGGAUGAAGUUCACGUUCACAAAGAUCUUAUGUUGGAUCAAUCCCUUGAUGCUCUCUAUGAGAAAGGGAGUUCAACGAGAGAGAAAGCUUUGGCCUCCAUUGUCGAAGCAUUCAAGAGUGAUUUGCAACAUGAGUUCUUGCAAAAGAACUUUUCCACUUUGUUGCAUCAGUGUUUACACUGCAUCAAGAAAAGUCCCACUAAAGAGUCCUCACUAGCAUCACAUGUUAUUGGGUUGAUAGCUUUGACUGUUGGACUUGGGAAUCAAGCACAAGAGAUUCUAGAAGAAUCUGUCACUCCUCUUUCUCAAGCCCUUAAAUUUGGUCGUGAAGCCUUGAGGAUAAGUUCGGUUGUUGCAACCAAAACCUUCACCUGA